AUGACUACACCGAAAAUGACUACACCGAAAAAGACUACACCGAAAAAGACUACGCCAAUAAAGACUAUACCAAAAAUCAACAAAUUAAAACAAACACCAAACCCGAUACCAGAGGCCCUUAAAGAGGUUCAGCUGGAACUACCGAAAUCGCCGAUCUGUCCGGUUAACGAACCCGCAGAGUUAAUAAUGAACACAGUUCUUAAACCUAAGCCCACUGUGCCGAAAAUGAAUAUUGAAUGUAAUCCAAAGCCAACAGGUUUGAAAAAGACUACCGAGUUCAAGCAUAAGCCAUUGGUAUUGAAAAAAAAUCCAGAACCCAUUCUAAAGCCACUUGGUUUUAAAAGAAACACUGAUCUAGACUCGUUACCAACAACCGAGGAAAUAUGGGACAACUUUGAGAAGUGGAAAAUGGGAGGUGAAGCUAUCUGGCCUCUCAACUGUCAACAAAACAUGUCCACUUCCGCCCAAGUGCCAGUUAUUGAAAUUGAGGACACAACUUCACCCAAAAAGGUUCAGAUUUGCGAUGAUGAGGAACAGCAGUAUCAGGAUCAGGUAGAUGAAGCCGUUAAAUCGCUACUUGAUUGGGAAGAGAGCUAUAAAGUUCCGGAGAUGCCUGCUGAAUUCGAAUCGUUCGAUAACUUUAACUUUUCAUUCGCGGAAUUGGGAAGCAUUGAUCUCAGCCUAGAGGAAGAACGCAAUUACUCGGACUUUUUGAAAUCACAGCGUCUUCAUGAGCCCCUCAGUAACAUAAAGGAGUACAAUUCUCUUUUGAAGCUGGCCAGAAGCGAAGAGGGUAGAAAAGCGCUGCAUGAACGCGUCAAGAAAAUGAAAAUUGCUCAGCUAAUGCAGAAGAAGAAAUGCAAGUGCUCAUCCAAUACAUUGAUAAGCGAAGAAAGUAAGGUUAAGGAAACCAAGCAAAUUAUAAGAGAGCAACCUGUCAAAAAACUGACUGCAGAAACUGUGAAGCUUACAGUUCCGUCACCAAUUGUUGAAGUUAAAAAAGUACAGAAUAUUGCCAUAGGUUCAGUCAUUGAUUUGCCUCCGAAAGCACAGAUAAAGGAUGUUAAGUUAAUGCAUAUUGGCAAGAAGUCGGAUAAAGCUGAAAAACCAGUUAUACUAAAUGCUGGUAACGCUCAGCAACGCCUUAAGCAAUUUGGCCAAAAUCCAUCGCAGGUGGUAAAGACCAAAAUCCAUGCAAUGCCACCCAAAAAUCAAACUCCAUCCCGAGUGGUCAGCAAGAAAAUGGACUCAAUGUCGGUUGCAGCGCAGCUUCCAAUUGGUUCUAUCAUAACGUUUCCUCAGCCGAUGGCUUUAGGAAAAGCUAAUUGCAAUAUUCAGCAAUUAAAGGUGUCAGGCAUUCCAGUUAAAGAGCUGCAGUUUCCAACCUCAGCUGCAACCCAAAUACCGCAAAUAAUCAAGACACAGCCGCAGGCUAUAGCCAUUCCGAAUAUCAAGGAUCUGAAAAUCUCUGAGAAAGUUGAGCCGCAAAACAAGCGUGACAAUACUAACGAAGCUGGCCCGAAGAAUUUUGACCAUUUGAAGCGUAUUAUUGUGAUGCCCGCUCUGCGUCGUUUUGCUGAUCCCAGAAUGAAAAAUAUACUCAUCCUGCGUCCGCCCAAAGUCAAAGGUGAACGGGCCAAAUUGGAAAUCGAAGUUAAAUCGGCCAGAACCUUCAGUACUAUGCAAUUGAAUAUCAAGCUGGACCUCAAACUGCUUGCCCUAGUGUUGGAUAACACGUUCUACAACGCUGAAAUCCACGUGCUUAUGAAGCGUUGCGAGGAUGUCCAGGUCGCUUGGAUUUGGGAAGAUGGCAGCAUUGUAAUCUGCAAUUCACGUACCGUGCAGCUGCUCAGCGAAACGGAGAAUAGUCUUGUGUCCAAAAUUCUGGCUGUGAUCAAGCCUCCUUCAAGUUUCACUGCACAUAAUAGGAAUACAUUACAUUGCAAUACGAUUAAUACUUCGAAAUUACCCUGGAAAAUUGCCAUUGAAAAGUUUUGCCAAAACUUUUCCUUAACUCCGGAAGCAAUUAUGUCCGGUUCCAAAUAUGGAUAUUAUGUGAAUAAGACCCUACCCAGGAUUGCCGCCAAGUUAUACGAUUCGGGUAUGGUUCAUAUUAUAUCAGCGACCCCAGCUGGGGUAGAUAAAAUGCUGGAAAAACUUUAUGUAUUCACAGCCGAUGAUACUAUCAAUGUUAGAAUUACAACCAACACAAAUCAACCUCCACCAAAACCGAGCUUCUUCGGAGAAUCAGUCGUCGUCGAGCUUUCAAAACGUUUGCAGCAAACGAAAAAUAAUACACACAAUAUUGAGGCAGUUGAAACAGAAGUCGCAACAACAGCAGCAGCAGCAGCAGCAGCAGUAAAUCAGCAGCAGCAGCAGCAGCAGCAGCAGCUACUCAACACCAAAAAGCAAAGAAGAAAUUUAAUGAUAUUCCAAUAGCAAACGAAAAAAAAGCUAAAAGAAAAUUUAUAAGUCGCAAGAUUAACUACUAAAAAUAUAAAAAAAAA